CACAAAAUUGCUAUUUUUACAAUUUGAUCCAAGAAAACAAUUUAAAAUUCUAACUUACGGAUUAAACUAGCAGCAACCUCACGUUAUUUUACUCUUUUUUACAAUCGUCCAACCUUAGUUUACACAUUAUAGUAAUGUUAAGUGCAUUUCGGUGAAAGAUAAGACACAAAAAAGUUACACACAAAAAAUCGCGAAUGUAUUGUGAUAAAUCUGCCCAAAUAAUUGGAAAAUCUUCCUCGACGACAACUAUGAAAAAUAACACCAAAAAUAAAGAUGGUGUUACAAUGCGAGAGAAGAAAGCUGGCACGCUACAGAAGCUUAAGAAGCGAUUAUCGCACAGUUUUGGAAGAUUAUCCAUUUCCCGUGAAGAAACAGACGACAAUUUGGCGAGUCACGGGCGAAAUUCGAGCAGUACAGGGAAAUCGUACAAUGGAUAUACUUCCGAGGAAUAUCUAGACAGGCUAGAACCAAAUGGCAAUAUACCGAGCGAUAAGUCAGCCUACAAUAAGCAUUGGGGUAACCAUCAUCAAACGGUGCACAGACAAUUGUCUGUGUCGUCAGACAGUAAACUCUUGGAUGAGGAUAUUCGGGAGGAAACGCGUGUCAUAAUGCGCCCAAAAAAGCCUCCUCGACCCAAAUCCGAGGUCUUCUUAAAUAAGCAUGAGAUGAAUCCACGCAGGAAGAGAUUUAGUGCAUUUGGGGGUGAUUCACCGUUCGGUAAAUCUGAAGCAUACAUUAAACUUGAACAAUUAGGAGAGGGAUCGUAUGCAACAGUAUUUAAAGGAUAUAGCAAUUUAACGAACCAAGUUGUUGCUUUGAAAGAGAUUCGUCUUCAGGAAGAAGAAGGUGCCCCAUUUACCGCCAUUCGAGAAGCUUCGCUAUUAAAGGAACUUAAGCACGCCAAUAUUGUAACAUUGCACGAUAUAGUACAUACAAGGGAAACAUUGACUUUUGUCUUCGAAUUUGUGAAUACUGAUCUUUCGCAAUAUAUGGAACGACAUCCCGGCGGUCUCGAUCACAGGAAUGUCAGAUUAUUUUUAUUUCAACUUUUACGAGGCUUAGCCUAUUGCCAUAAACGUCGAGUCCUCCAUCGUGAUGUCAAGCCACAGAAUUUAUUGAUUAGUGAAAUAGGAGAAUUAAAAUUAGCAGAUUUUGGUUUAGCACGCGCCAAAAGUGUUCCAAGUCAUACAUACUCACACGAAGUCGUUACGUUAUGGUAUCGUCCUCCAGAUGUUCUAUUAGGCAGCACAGAAUAUUCAACAUCUCUCGAUAUGUGGGGUGUUGGUUGUAUAUUUGUCGAAAUGAUUACAGGAAUGCCAACUUUUCCCGGAAUACGUGAUACCUACGAUCAAUUGGAUAAGAUUUUCAAGAUGCUCGGAACGCCAACUGAGGAAACGUGGUCCGGCGUAACACACUUACCCGGAUACAAACCUCAUAAAUUAGGUUUUUAUCGUCAACGCAAACUCGGCUUAAGUUUUCCACGCUUGUAUGAUAUUGUCGAGGGCGAAUCGAUGGCAGGCGCAUUACUGCAACUCGAUCCCGACAAUAGAAUAGGUGCCGAAGAAGCACUCACACAUCCAUAUUUUGCCCCGUUGCCAAAAAAAUUGUUUGAACUACCUGACGAGGUCUCCAUUUUUAGUGUAGACGGCAUCUUUUUAUAUCCAGAGACAACUCGUCAUAUGCAUCAUAAGUAAAAACUUUGAUAAAAACUUGACCAACACACACACCGGAGUUAUAAAAAAACCACUAAUUAAGAACAAACAUAACUUAACUUUAACACAUAACAACAAAACUUAAUAAGUAAAUAAUAAAAGUAACUAGAAAGUGUCUAAAUUUGACAAAAAAAUAUAAAGAAAGACAAAAUUUAACAGAAAAGCGCAUGAAAUUUUUUAAAAUUCAUGAGCGCUGAAAUUAUUAAAAAAAAAAAUUAGAGACAACAAAGUACUAACAAAUUAAGUAGUUCUCAACUAUGUACUGCAAAAUAUUUAACAGAAACACUUGAAAGAAAUUAAAACACACAAAAGUUAAUAAAUAAAUAACCAUCCAAUAGGGAUGAUGAUUACCUCUCAUUACAUUAAUACAUAAAAAAGCAAGUAAAAAAAAGUUGAAAAAAUUCACUUGCAAGAAAAAACAAUAAAUUAGUUUUAAACAAUGCUUCCAAUUGGAAUCUGAUUGGAGAGAAACUUAACAAAAAAAUCUAAAUAAAGGGAGAAAAACUUAAUUUUUAAAGUUUUCGUUUUUCUUUUUCUACACAAUUCUCUCAUCUGGCAAUAAAUUGAAUUUAUAAAGUUUUUUGGAUUGAAUAUUGAAUGAAUUUGAAGACUAUAGUGUAAUAAAAUAUAUAAAAUAAAUAAACGAAUAGAUGGAAGAAGAAACUAAAACGAUGACUGUUUGCCAUCCUGAAACUAAAAUGUGAGAUCAAUUGAAAAAAAAAGUUUUUAAAUGAAAUUUUUAAUAAGUAAAUAUAAUAAAAUAAUAAUAAAUAAAGAAUUUUUUGAAAGUAAAGAAACCUGUAAAAUUAUUAGAAAAGUUGCACCCGAAAUAAAAAAUAAAAAAAAAUAAUUAAAAAAAUUUAUAAAUUUAAAAAAGUAUUAGAAA